CACUGCACUCCACUCACUCAAAGUGAUUUUUUUUCACAUAAAAUUUAAAUUGACGGUCUAAUUAUAAAUUUUAACAAAUUGCACGGUCAAUAUUGCAGAAUUAAAAAUAUACACUCAAUUUAGGAAGCAAAACGCCAGCUAACAAAGAGCUGAAAUAACCCGCGAAUCAUCCGCAGUAGAAACGAAACGCCAGCGAAGACGAGGACGCCAAUCAUAGCAGCCAACAAAAAUAUAGAAAAAUGAUUAAACUCUUCUCGCUGAAGCAACAAAAGAAAGACGGCGAACAAAAAGGGAGCGGUGGUCAGCAAAAGAAAGCAUCGGCUGCCCAAUUGCGCAUACAAAAAGAUAUUAGCGAACUGAACCUGCCAAAAACUUGCGUGACAGAAUUCCCGGAUUCCGAUGACUUGCUCAACUUCAAAUUGAUCGUUUCGCCCGACGAAGGUUUCUACAGAGAUGGGCGCUUUGUGUUCAACUUCCGCGUGGGAUCCAACUACCCGCACGAGCCCCCAAAAGUGAAAUGUGCAACGCAGGUCUACCAUCCGAACAUUGAUCUCGAGGGCAAUGUGUGUUUGAAUAUAUUGCGCGAGGACUGGAACCCAGUGCUGACCAUUAACUCGAUAGUCUAUGGCUUGCAGUUUCUAUUUUUGGAACCCAAUCCGGAGGAUCCGCUGAACAAGGAGGCCGCCGAUGUCCUGCAGAGCAAUCGUCGCCAGUUCGAGUACAAUGUGAAGAAGGCGAUGCGCGGCGGUUGUGUGGGCGAGACCUACUUCGAGUGCUGCCUCCUCAAGUGAUAUAGGAAAUCAAACAGUCUUUUUAAUUUAAGCCUGGCCCCGCAUUAGAAACGAUGAGGACGAAGAGCAGAUGCAGAUGAGUUGGCAUGCCAGCGGACAACAGAAUCAACAAAUUAUUGUAAUAAAAGAGAGCACACGAAGAACACGAAGAAGCAAAACCACA